AUGUCAGGACCGUCAGAUAAACUCGGCGGUCUAUCCACCAGCGUCGUCGCCAUCAUCGCUAUCGGUGGUGUAGCAGGCCUGCUAGCCCUCAUCGUCGUUACGUCUCUCAUCUUGGACAUACCAAAGCGUAUGAAGCAGAAGAAAAACACUGGGCUCAUGGCACCGGAAGAGAUGGAGAAGAAGAGUGUAGAGAUCGACGACGCGGAAAAGGGUGCUAUCAAGCAAUCGACAAGAGAGAUAUCGGUUCAAUCCCCGAGCUUGUACUCAAGCACCUAUCUUGCUCGGCCAGCGUCGCCAGAGUGUCAGUGCGCCCACCCAUCGAUAGUCGUACAUCCUUCGCCAGUCUAUUCGAAUACCACAACGUUAAGAUGA